AUGGUGAAAAACGUUCUAUUGUUAGGUUCCGGCUUCGUUGCUCAGCCUGUCGUUGACAGUUUAUCUGCCGUUGAAGACAUUAAUGUCACAGUUGCUUGUAGAACUGUAACCAAGGCUCAAGAAUUGGCCAAAAAAUCUGGUUCCGACGCUAUUUCCUUGGAUGUUACUGAUGACGCUCAGUUGGAUGCAGCUUUGGAGAAACAUGAUCUUGUUAUUUCAUUGAUUCCAUACACUUACCAUCCAAACGUGGUAAGAAGUGCUAUCAGAUUGAAGAAAGAUGUGGUCACUUCCUCUUACAUUUCUCCAGCUCUAAGGGAGCUAGAACCCAAGAUCAAAGAGGCUGGCAUCACGGUCAUGAACGAGAUUGGUUUAGAUCCAGGUAUCGACCACUUGUACGCUGUCAAGACUAUUGAUGAAGUUCACAAGGCCGGUGGUAAAAUAAAAUCUUUCCUUUCCUACUGUGGUGGUCUUCCAGCACCUGAGGAUUCUGACAAUCCUUUGGGUUACAAAUUCUCUUGGUCUUCUAGAGGUGUUCUAUUGGCAUUGAGAAACUCUGCCAAAUAUUGGAAAGAUGGUAAGAUUGAAACUGUCUCUUCCGAAGAUCUAAUGGCUUCUGCUAGGCCAUACUUCAUCUAUCCAGGUUACGCAUUCGUGUGUUACCCAAACAGAGACUCUACUCUAUUUAAGGAACUUUACCAUAUCCCAGAGGCUGACACUGUCAUUAGAGGUACUCUUAGAUAUCAAGGCUUCCCAGAAUUUGUCAAAGUUUUGGUUGACAUUGGCUUCUUGAAAGACGAGGAAAGCGAGAUCUUCAGCAAGCCACUACCAUGGAAGGAGGCGCUACAAAAGUUUUUGGGAACCUCUUCUUCUUCCAAGGCUGACUUAGUCAAGGCUAUCGACUCAAAGACUUCUUGGAAAUCUGACGAAGACAGAGAAAGAAUUCUUUCUGGUUUCUCAUGGUUGGGAUUCUUCUCCGAUUCUUUGACCGUGCCAAAGGGCAACGCUCUAGACACUCUAUGUGGUCGUCUAGAAGAAUUGAUGCAAUAUGAAGAAGGUGAACGUGAUAUGGUCGCUUUGCAACACAAGUUCGGUAUUGAAUGGGCCGAUGGGACCACCGAAAUAAGGACCGCUACCUUGAUCGACUACGGUAAGGUUGGUGGUUACAGCUCUAUGGCUGCUACUGUCGGUUACCCAGUUGCCAUUGCAACCAAGUUCAUCCUAGAAGGUAAGCUAAAGGGCCCUGGUUUGCUAGCACCUUACUCACCUGAAAUUAAUGACCCAAUAAUGAAAGAAUUGAAGGACAAGUACGGCAUCUAUUUGAAAGAAAAAACUAUUGGUUAA